GCUCCCCGCUCCCAGGCGCGAGCUGAGCCGGACCGGGAGCGGGCGGUGCGUCGCCAUGCCGGCGUGACGGGCGCCCCCGGCUGCCCGCGCGGGCCCCCGCGCUGCCCCACGCCGCGCCGCGCCGGCGCCGGGCGGCAGGAUGGGCUGUAUCCAAAGCAUCACCUGCAAGGCGCGGAUCCGGCGCGAGAACAUCGUGGUGUACGAUGUGUGCGCCACCAUCGACCAGUGCCCCACGCGCAUCGAGGAGACCUCGCCCAUCGUCCUGCGCUACAAGACCCCCUACUUCAAAGCCUCGGCCCGCGUGGUCAUGCCCCCCAUCCCCCGCCACGAGACCUGGGUGGUGGGCUGGAUCCAGGCGUGCAACCAGAUGGAGUUCUUCAACACCUACAGCGACCUGGGCAUGUCAAGCUGGGAACUACCUGACUUGAGGGAAGGGAGAGUAAAAGCCAUCAGUGACUCAGAUGGGGUGAGCUACCCUUGGUACGGGAACACCACAGAAACUGUGACCCUGGUUGGUCCCACCAACAAGAUCUCCAGGUUCUCCGUCAGCAUGAAUGACAACUUCUACCCAAGUGUGACGUGGGCAGUGCCAGUGAGUGACAGCAAUGUGCCACUGCUCACAAGGAUCAAGAGGGACCAAAGUUUCACUACCUGGCUGGUGGCCAUGAACACCACCACGAAGGAGAAGAUCAUUCUGCAGACCAUCAAGUGGAGGAUGAGGGUGGACAUUGAGGUGGACCCUCUUCAGCUCUUGGGGCAACGGGCCCGGCUAGUGGGCAGGACUCAGCAGGAGCAGCCCCGGAUCCUGAGCCGGAUGGAGCCCAUCCCCCCUAAUGCACUAGUGAAACCCAAUGCCAACGAUGCCCAGGUCCUCAUGUGGAGACCCAAACGAGGGCCACCUCUGGUUGUGAUCCCUCCUAAGUAGAAGCAGACUGGCCUGACUGUGUGUGGAGCACAUGACGCUGAGACACGCAGUGAGGCUGCCAGGGGUGGCAGGAGCCAAACUGAGUUUCUGAGCCAAAGCAGACCUCUUGGUUUGCCAGCCUUUGCAGCCACUUGUGAAGAGUAGGGCUGCUUCUUGGGUGGUAGAACCAUAAUCCUUAGGAAAAUUCCCUUCCUUUUAGGAAUAAAGAAAUCGCUGAUUUGACAGACUUGCUGUGAUUACCAUGCAAGUAGCCAUAUUUUGGAGCUGACCAGGAUGAUUCUUUUUUCUGAACUAUUGACCAUUGCUUUCCUGCGAGAUGCAGGGGAUGGAAACAAAAUUAAACAGUGCCUGUGGCAAAUGCUGCUUCCCAACCAAUUAGAAGUGGGAGUGAAAACAUCCACACCAGGUGUUUGUAAGACAGACAGUCCCACUGUCUGACUGGAGGGUGCUGGGGAUGGGGGUGGAAUGAAAGGUGGCGAAGAGAAUGGGGAGAGAAAGAAAUAAGUUGUUAUUACAAAUUAAUAUCUGUGAAUUUAUUGGUAGACCAUCAGCUCUUCAACAUACUCAGUGGAAUGAAAGGCACACUUAAAAAAAAAAAAACAAAAACGAGAGAUAGAGUGAUAUGGGCUCCCUUCUGGAGAGCCUCCUUGGAACUGUCCAAGGUCCUGAUGUGCACAGACAGAUGGAGACUCUCAAUGGUUCCAUCUACCCACUUCUUUCCAAAAUCUGAUCGUUCAGAGUAUUCCUUAAUCACAAUAUUUGGAUAGAUAGUUCCUGUAUUCUACAGUAGCUAUGAUAUUUGGGGCCUUUGCCAUGUUUUUAGUGAAACCUUAAUUGCAAUUUUGUUUACAGCUGCCUAUUCUGUUCCCCGUUUCCAGCCCUAAAUUUACAAAAAGAUCAUUGUUUCUAAACCAUGGAAUCCAUGUAGAAUUUCAAGAACAUUUUAACAAAUAAGAAUACUAUUUUCAUUCCUUUUGUUUUUUUUUCUUUUUAGUUUCUGAAUGAUGUGAACAUACAGAAUGCACAUAUGUAUACACACGCACGCAUUCAAACAUACACGUCAGGAUGGAGACAGCAUAACUAACACAUUUGCCAGCAGUGCCUACCUAUGUACUUGUAGCCCAGUACAUACGCUUUUUAUCUAUAUAUGUUUAUUUUAGCUCAAUUUCACAGAAGCUCAACUUUAACUGCAUGAGCAUUUGUGAGAAAGUGCUUCAUAAUGCUUAACUUCAGAGCUCUUUAAUGAAAAUAUGAGCUGCUCACAUUAAGCAAGACUCUAUGGCUGAGAUCCAACCAUCAAGGAUGAGAGACCAUAUUUCCUUUAGCUAGGCCAAUCUCAAACAUUUUAAAGAGUUUCUAGUCUUUGCAGUAAGAAUUUUUCCAGCUCUUCUAGCUUCCAUCACCCAAAUCCCCCAAGCAAAAUAAUUAUAAAACUGCCACAGUGUCAUUGUGGAUUUUAUGGAUGGAUACCGGCAGCCUAAUUUCAGAGGUGAAAGAGUUGAGGGUCAGAGUAAUUAUUACAGUCCUAUGGUUGGCUCCAAUGAGAUCUUCUCCCAGAGUCUAGGAAUGGAGAAGGAAAAGCAAGAGGACUUUUUAAAUUAUUUUUGUUCAAAAUGCAAUUAAGUCUAAUUUCUUUCAGGUUCUAGUCUCAGGGGAUGGUGCUUAUUUACAAGAGAGGGUUAACAGAUCCACUUGAAAUCAUGUAGUGUUAACCUCACACCCCAACCACCAGCUACUGUCUUAUAGAUUAGUUAUUGAUGGCAAGCUGAGCUAUUUAUAACAGCACAUUAAUGACACAUCAGUGACUCACAGGAGACCUGGAGACAUUCCAUUUAAAAAUAAUUCAGCUGUUAUGUCUGUCCUUCCCAUGCUUCCUUGUUUUUUAAGGGAGCUCCAAAGAACGCCAUGGCUGAAAUAAAGCUGCUUAUUUUUCACUCUGAUGUUCAAAACAACUUUUCCCUCUAAAUGAAUUAGAUGUCAACCUUAUGGGAUGCUAAGACACUGAUCCUAGAAUCUAACCCACAUGGCCCUAUCCUAAGAAAACCUAAUAUUUAAAAAAAACCAACAUUGUACCAAACAGCUGGUAAAAAUGAUCACUUAAUUACAAGAUCCUAUACGAAGUUUCUGUUUUUAAAUUCCCCUUGCCCAUCCAUUAAAACAAGAUGACUUCCACAAUCACGUUUACAUAUAAUGUAACUUUUUCAAGGGCAUAGCUGUAUAAAGCCAAGGGUAGCAUACUUAACUAGACUUGCUCUUGCUGAAAAUUCACACUUUUCAGAGUUUGAAAAGAAAUGACCUGGCCAGUUUUCUGGAAAAUUAUGUAAUACCAAAAUGAGAAAAAUAGAGGGGAAAGUGCUUAUAAAAGUUAAAAGCCCUUGGGCAAAUAUACAUUAUGAUUAUUGUUGGUGAUACCAUUGCAAGCUCUGCAGUUGGGUCUCUUGGUUCUGGAAUGAGCCUGGCAGAAUGCUCCAUUGCCCUGCAGCCAAUUAUUUUAAAGUUAUAGUGGUUUUACAAGGAAACAAUCCCUUCUCUUUCUCUGAUCCUUAGAUCAUUACCUUUCAGCUUAGUCAGGAUAUUGUCAAAUGAAAGGCUCUCCAACAAGAGAGAAUUCACCUUGAAAUCUCUACUGGGGUCACAUCUUCCCACCCGGCUUUUCUUCCCCUGAGACUCCCUGGGUCUGAUACCAGAUGCCGUCAGUUUAGAGAAGUUCACUCAGUGCCUUGAUCAGGUUUUAGUCGGGAGGUGUCAGGACUAUACUUGGAUUCCGAACACGCACAUACGCAAUGGUUUCUGGUGACACCAGAGUUUUUGAUUCCCGUGUGGAAAAGACUGUUUUGUCAGGUCAUAGAUCUUAAAUGUAGUCAACUUUGAGAUCCUUUCUUCCACGAUCUCACGGAAACUGAGAGUUAAAUUAGCUCAUCUAUUCAGGGUCAGAGACCUAAUUAGCAGCAGAGCCAAGAGAAGAGCCUGGGUCCCCUAAAUCUCAUAGCACAGCAUGGUCACACUUACCUGACACCCACAGUCCUCUCCUCGUUUCCAUCCCUGAACCAUUUACCUUUGUAGCACUAGAGACCAUUAAAUUCAUCCUUUAAAAAAUAGGGUGAAAUCUUCGUUACAGUUAUGUCAAAAACUGAAUGUUCCAGAUUCCCUUUUAUCCAUGACAGCUGUUUCAAGAUUGAGCUCUUAAUCUGGGCCCUUUGCAGCAUGGAUUUUAUAUUCCCAGGUCAGUGCUUUAGUGCACAGCACAUGAGAAGGCUGGAGUCUGGUCCUCACUCCACCUACCAUUCCAUGGGCCUUUAAUAACUCUGUGUCUCUGGUACUAGGAAUGAUAUCUCAGAGGUCAAAAUCAUGUUCUAAGCAACAAUUCUGAGCAGCAAAAUAAAAGAAUUAUGAUUUGUAGAGUAUUUUACCAAAGGCUUCUGCAUGCGUUUUCUCAUCCCCAGAUAGUCUUAGGAGGAGUGCAAUAUUGUUGUUGGUAUUAUUAUCCCCAUUUUACAGAAAAUCCAUUGAGAUCCAGAGGGGUUAAGUGACUCAUCCAUAGGCAAACAAACAGAAAAUGUCAGGAGCUGGGGUUUGAACUGGGCCAUCGGGCUCCAAAUCCCAUGCUAGGACACUCCUGCGUGGCCUCCCCAGAUGUUCCCUGCCUGGAGGGCACAAAAGACAAGGAAGCAAAGGAGAAAGCAAGUCACUUUCACCCACAGUCAUGUAGUCUCUACCACCUACUAAGUGGAUGUAUUAAAAAUCAGAGAACUAACACUGUUUUCUAAUGCAGAGAACCUUGUAAUCUCCAGGGAGAUUGGCCCAGAAAAAUGCCUGUCAGGGGCUGCAGUGUGGGUGAGCUGGCUGUCAGUCGGUAGCUCUCGGCACGGCACUGGUAAUUAGUAGAGGAGGAAAUCUGCUCUCCUGGUCCCAGAACCCCUUAAACACCAUAAGCACAAAAGGAGGAGGAAAGCAGGCAUCCUGCAGUAAGGGUCCCAGUGAGCAAGGGCCUGCCACCCACCAUCCCUCAACACGGCAGGAACAGCCCGUGGGGUGGAGGCAGCGGAGACAAUGGCUUUCCGAGCUCCGGUUGGCACAUUGGACGAUCUUGUUAGAAUGGAGGGCACAAUUAAACAUUACCAGAGCCAGCUCCCGACUGAGUUGCAAAGAAAGAUGUAAACACACACACACACAGACCCACUACACUCACACGCUCCUCGAGCUGAAAAGAAAAUUAAUCAAAAACCCAAUGAACGCCUGAACUCUAUAAUUAAGCCUAAAUGAUCCUCAGAUAGAAAGGGAGCUGAGUGAGCAAGCUCGGUGCACAAAGAUAUUUUUACCCCGGAGUCUUAUUGCCAUUAAUCUCUUUUGAGAUCUUGAGUACAUCUGGUUCCAGCUUCCCUGGUAGGACAGCUGCCUAUGGAAGACCUUCAGGAGAGUUGCCUGCUCAGUGGCAAGGUUAUUGGGCUGUUCGUCCAACACUUUUAUGGGAACGCAUCUGGGGAGGUUACCUAGUAGGACAAGGCACGUCCAUCAAGCAGAACCACAUGGCAGAGACUAAAGAGGAGGAAAGGAGCCAUGGCUGGUGGCUCUAAAAGCCGAAGACCUGGACAGCUGAUUUCCCAUUAAAACGAAUGCCAUCCCAUGUGUCUCCUUGCCACCCUCCCAUCCCGCGACCUGUACCCCCUUCUGCCCCACCAUAUGCCAUGCGGUGCUCCCCAUGGACUGGCUGAGCUGGCUGCUUGGCUCUCAGCAGGCUGUGCUCAAGUGGGAGCUUUACGGGCUGUAUCGUUUUGUGUGGCAGGAUUGGGUCCAUCCAGAUCUCAAGUCCAUCCCCAACCCUGAAGUUGAAGCUGCCCAGGGAGAAGAGCUGGUCAGCCUGGACCUAGACACCUAACAUGGCUCAGCCUUGGUUCUCAAACUCCACCUUCCCUCCCUACACUUUUGGGUGGGAAACAGCAGGAAUGUGUAUCUCCCUUUUUCCUCCCGUCUCCACAUGGGUGGCCAAUGUUGAUACUCUCUCGAGAUUUCUCUGACCCUUGGAGCCAGGGCCAAAGCAGUCCUGCUUCCCCUGCACCACCAGGCUGGGUGUCUUCAGGUGACCAAGGGCAAAGUGCAUGUCAGCAGGAUCAGUGGGGUGAGGGGAGAACCACCCUCGGAGGGCAAAAAUGGUGUGCAUUGUUUUAUUUGUUGGUUUAUGGAUCGGCUUGCUUACUGGUUGAUUGAAUCAUGAAAUAUGUUAUUUGUUAUACAGCAGAAAAUCCACUCCCACCUUUGAAGCAUCCAGCCCCAGAAUUUGUCUUCUUGGCCUCAUAGAGCUCAGUGAGUUACUCCUCUCUGAAGCCACAGAAAGCAGGGCGGGGGGAGGGGAAUUCUCUCUGUGCCCAAACACUUUCCCCCCAACCAGAUUUUCAGCCAGAAAUGGGAUCUGAAACCACCAGCUAGUGAGGUCACAAAGCCACACAAAUCAGCAGAGGCUCAACUGUCCACGUACAAGCUCCUAGCAUCCCACCAUCUCCUCCCGUUUGUAACAGCCCUGCUUUCCUGCUCUGUGUGCGCAGGUGGGGGGUGGCCAGUCAUCUGCAGCCUGGCCACCUCAGAACUAGACUUAUUUUUCUGCUCUGGUGCCACUUUCUGAAUGCCACAUGCACACUAGAGAUGCCUGAGGAGCAUCCAUACCUGGUCCCCUCCCCAACUCAUUAGAGCAGCAUCUGGGGAUAGAGCCUGGGAGCAGGUGUUUUUAAAAGCCCGGAUGAUCCCAACGCAAGACUAGGGUUGAAAAGCACUUCUAGUGUUUGUGUUUUUCCUUCCUUCGUCCCUCCCACCCACCCACAUCCUUUAUCCUCUGCUUCCAAGCUUCCUGCCGCAGCAAGAAAGGGAGCAGCCACUGGAGAAUGAGAACUCUCUUCCCAUUUCUCCAGCCCCUCCUCCUCAGUGAACCUUACCCAUCAGGUCAACCAACCUGAGCAGUUCCCUGCAGAGUUAACAGAUCUCACCAUUUGUACCUCGAGGCUGGUGCCUGCACCCAACCCGGGGGCGCUCAAACGAUUUCCAGCUUUUCUAGGAACAGAAGCAGAAAUCUACUCCGCUCUGAAUUCUCUCUCCACCUCCCCCAGACUCCCCAAUUCCAAAGGCUUAAAGGGCACUUGGGUGACAUUUAUGUCUCCAAAUUCCAACCCUGAUGGGAAGGUCCAUGCUCGGUCUUUAUAACCCAAGUCUUGGCCAUGUCUGCAGAGCCACCUGAAUUGGAUGAGGGUCUACUGGUAACAGAGGAAAGAGUCUCAUUGCCCCGAGCCAGUUCUUUCCCCAACAGUCGGUAGGCAUCCAAAUCCCAAAGGGCUGAGAAGAGACAUCUCACCCUUUACACUUAUAAGACCUCCACUGCUGAGUGUGAGUAAAUGCAUGUGUGAAUGCGUAUACGUAUGCUGCGUAGAAACCAUCGAGGUCCAUAGAGAUGUACUACGUUCAUAACGGGCCCAGGUGAAUUCCAUAUUAGAUACAAACACAAGAAUGUUGUAACAUAUACAAAUUGUUACACACACAUACACACACACACACACACACACAGCCUCAGGAAACCUGUGAUGUGGGAGGAGUUUUUUUUAGUACUCCAUCUCCCCCAUCUGGGCGAUUUCCUGGGGCAAGUACUAUUUCACACUUACCCUCCCCACUGCCCAGCCUGUCCCCUCCUGUGCUCUCUCCCUCCAUGCCUUCUUUUCCCAUUAAUCAGAAUGUCCCUGCCCCAUGUCCCAUCUCUCAGGGUCCUACUCUCUGAUAGGUGACAGUUCAGUCAGUGGGUGCUAAAGAGUUGAGUGUUACCCCUCCCAGGUGACAUUCAUGUUUUAAUUGGGGCUACAGAUAAAUGCCUUAAUCUGAAGGAGUGGCUCUAAUGGUGGGACUUUCGGGCACAGCAGUGGGCCAGUAAGGGAGAGUAUUUUUUAACCGGGGGAGCUUUUUAGCGCCCCCCAAACCAUACCUAUCUCAAAGAUCAACCCUUCAUAAGUACAUGAGCACAAGCAAACACAGUUACCUACAUACACUUUCCAGGAUUUUGAGACCCCUCUCUUUAUUGGUCCAAACUUUACAAAUGGG